UCUGCUCAUUCGCUCUUCGGCACUGUGGCACUGUGGCACAUCGCAGCGGACGGCUCACCAUCAACUUCAAAACAUAUCGGAAAUCCGGAGGAGGGAGGGUGUUGUUGUUUUAUUUAUUUAUUUUUUUUUGUGGGGGGGGAUAUCGGCGGCUAACAGCUACGUUACCAGCCUAAGGUUUCCUGCAACACCAUCUGAGCCGUGCUGGAGUGAUUGGUUCAGUUCCUGUCCAUCCAGUGAAUCUAGUGGCUACCAGCCCAGUGAGCUGCGAAGUGUCUAAUAGCGGUGGAUUGCAUCAUUAUGAGACAAUAGCAGUGGGAAUCAAAACUCUCCCUCCUCCUCUCUUCCUCCGUCUCCUCUCCCAUUGCUUUUUCUCUCAGCUCGACUCUCUGCUGAAACCCUCACCCUAACAAAUACACAGUCGCCCACACACACACACACACACACAUGCAACCCUCUGACCACUCCUCCCACGCUGGUCAUUGUCCACUCCCCCUGUCUCCCCAGCCAGUCAGGCAGUGAGUCGAUGGAGGCUGUGUAAUCCUCUGUAAAGUAUAGGGCCUAUACGGCUGCAUAUGCUCCCUUUUGUCAUGGCGGCUGUUAUUGUUGCAGAGGCCUCCCUCAGGAGAGAACAUGAGGGAGAACAGAAGGCAGCAUAAAGCUCACAAAGGGAGGAAGAGAGAGCGAGAGAGUGAGUGAGAGACACUGACAUUGGCAUUUAUUUGACCGCAGGAGAAUGAGCUUCACGGGGCCACGGAUGGAAUUUAUUGGGGGUGAAACCACAUGAUGUGGGACUGGCAUUACCACCCCACGCCAAUCACAAAUUGGACCAACAGUCAACUUUGGAGAUAUUUGCCACAUAGUGACCUGCAGCAGGGAAUGCAGUGAAAUAGAGAAAAGUUGACAAGACUUUUCUUCUUGGUUCAGAAUAUUUUUCUAUUUUUCCUCUCCUUGGAGUUUUCUUUUUAAUUACAGCCUACCAAAAGUGCCUUUUUUGUGUUACUUUUGUCUAUUUUUUUCCACACAUCUUGUUCUAUAUUCAUACUCCAUAUUGCCACAGAUUAUUGCAUUUCACUUUACACAUAACUGUCACAUUGCCAUAUUUUAGAGAAGGUACAUAGUAUAUUUGACUUUGUGGAUGUUAACUGCCACAUCACCAGCCUCCAUCAAAUUCACAGUUGACAAUCGUCUCCUUCCUGAACUUUAUUCUGCUUGGGGAGAGUUUACCAGCAUUAAAUCACUGAGAGUCAGGUUGUUCCAGAACAGCUGACUUUCUGCACUGCCUCCUCCCGACCUCUGUUGUUUGGACGACCAGGAGCCGUCGCCAUGGUCAGUAUCCAGUCCAAAUGGCGCUACCUUUUCAUGUUUCUGGGCAUCCAGCUGGUGGUCAUGGCGCUGCUGUCCCGAGAGGGAUACCAGAAGAGGGUCUCUUACUUCAUCCGCAUCUUCCGCAAGCCUGACACCUUUGGCCUUUUUGGUCGCAACCACACAACAACUGGCAUCACUGGAGGGGAUGUGUAUGCCAACCUCUCCCACCUAUCCAGAGCUCAUAGCCAUGGAGAUGACAUGCCCCUGUGUCCUAAGAAGUCCCCUUAUGUCGGUGGGCCAAUCCACGUCAGCUUUCCAUCAGGGCUCACUCUAGCAGAGGUUCAGAGGAAAAAUCCACUGGUGGUGCGCGGUGGACGCUACAGGCCGCCCGACUGUGAGGCGAGGCACCGAACUGCCAUCAUCAUUCCCCACAGACUCAGAGAACACCACCUUAAGUUCCUGUUGUACUACCUACAUCCUUUCCUGCAGCGACAACAGCUCCAUUAUGGGAUUUACGUCAUUCACCAGGCUGGAAACUACACAUUUAACAGGGCCAAGCUAAUGAAUGUGGGUUUCCGGGAGGCCAUGAAAGAGGAAGAAUGGGACUGUCUCUUCUUCCAUGAUGUGGACCUCAUUCCAGAGGACGAUCGCAACACAUACAUCUGCGACUCCAACCCCAAGCACGCUGCCAUCGCCAUGGACAAGUUUGGCUACAAGCUUCCGUACAAGAUGUACUUUGGAGGAGUGUCAGCUCUGACGCCACUGCACUACCUCAAAAUGAACGGCUUUCCCAAUAACUACUGGGGCUGGGGUGGAGAGGACGACGAUAUUGGAGUCAGAGUGUCUCUGGCAGGGAUGUACAUCACUCGUCCGUCACUGAAGGUUGGCCGCUACAAGAUGAUUAAACAUAAGCUGGACAAAGGCAACGAUAUAAACCCAAAGAGGUUCAACAUGCUGGCCAAGACACGUCAGACCUGGAAGAUGGAUGGAAUGAACACAGCUGAAUAUGAGACAAUCUCACUGCAAUACCUGCCCCUAUACACCAACAUCACUGUCAACAUCGGCACUGAGGAUGGUCUACACGCACCUCCCCGAACACCACCUCCCACCAAAGCUGAAGGAAAACCUGCACCCGUUGGGAAAUUCUGGGCCGAUACCAAUAAAAAUAUAUCAAAGCACCUGCCGAAGUCCCAGCAGAAGUCCCAGCAGAAGUCCCAGCCGAAGUCCCAGCCGAACCCCCUUGCCAAACUCAAAGAGGGCCACUCAGAGAAAUAGUCUAUCCUAAGAGACUACUAAUCAUGUUUCACUCUGCCAUAACUUCAGUGGGUGGUUUUUCACCUCAUUGGGUUUUCGUCAGUGUGUGGAAGAAUUAGUUUGUGGAGAAUCAACAUCAUACUUGUAUGCGAACAGUGGGGCACUGAUUUGGGUGAUAGAAACACCUGAUUUAUAAAAAACAAACAAAACAAUGAACCUGAAUUGAUCAACCCUUAGGUGACUGCUCUCCACCUUGAUUCCCGCAACGUCACUAAUUAUUCUUCCAAGGGAGCCACAGUGAAGAGUGAAGGGUUAAAGUUGGACUCUAUGAGUUUAUGUAUCCACAGCGCUGUGGUCGCUGGUUAAACCUUGUGAUGCCUUAGAAUCUUGUUCUUUUCUGUCUUUUCACUAGUACCUUACAUUAUUUUGAAUAUUGGGUUUAGUGGAGCAGUAGCUGCAAUUUCCAGCAGUCACACUGUGCCACAAGUCUGACUCAUUGCUUGUCUCAGCACCAAUGAAUACAUGAGUGAAGAUGAUGGUUUUUGUUUCUCUGUGUGUGUGUGUGUGUGUGUGUGUGUGUGUGUGUGUGUGUGUGUGUGUGUGUGUGUGUGUGUGUGUGUGUGUGUGUGUGUGUGUGUGUGUGUGUGUGUGUGUGUGUGUGUGUGUGUGUGUGUGUGUGUGUGUGUGUGUGUGUGUGUGUGUGUGUGUGUGUGUGUGUGUGUGUGGCUGCUACAGUGAGUACCGAGUGCAGGACCGUUACUACGAUUACGGCGCACAUAUCCUGUAUCUGUCUACAAAUAUCUAGGGUGUUGUUUAGAAGGUGGUCCCAAACAAAGAUGCUGGUCUGUAUCUGUCUGGUUUUUGUAUCAAAACAUGGACCGUUUUGGAUGCUGUACACAUAAUAAUUUUGCGUCUUGCCAUGGUCCGUGAAAUUACCAGUGAGUGAGAAUAGUGUACAUUUUUAAUUCUGUACACCAAGGCCAACGUACAGUUCCUCUGUGUAGCGUUUAGCUUAGUCAGUGAAUUCAGUUCAGCCUUUCAAAUUCCAGCAUAUCCAAUAUUUACAUCAUCUGAUUGAAUUUUCUGUCUGUGUGUGUGUGUGUGUGUGUGUGUGUGUUUGCCUUUAUCAUGAGCAGAUCUUGGUGGCUGUGAUCAGUCCUCUGCCUUUAGCUGAGCUUUUAAUUCACAUCAAAAUGGAGUCUUGCUUAACUUAUAUAUAUAUAUAUAUAAGCAUAUAUAAGCUGAUUAUGUACAGUGGUUUUGCUAUAUAACUCCUUAUAUAAAUGUUCUGGCUUGCUCCCAUAACACUUUAUAUACAGUCGAUCGUUAUAAUGUGCUUCUUUUUAAAGUCACUGCUGUUGUGUCAUCAGAUCAGGAGUAGGAGUUGAGAUCAGUAAGUGCUGUUUCAAGCUCAAGUUACUGUAGCCAAAAUGUAUCCGUGUAGACAAACAAGUUAGUUCAGUGGCUUGAGCCCAAAGCACAUGACACAUCCCUGAUCGCUGUUGAUGGGCAGUGGAAGUUGUUAUGCUGCUGUUGCAAGAGAACAUUUUGAUUGUGCAUGUUUUUUUGUUCAGUUAAAGGAUUAUAUUGUCCUUUUGUGUUUUUAAGAAAGCAUCUUGGGACUGAUUUUAAUCAUUCUAAACCCCUCAAAGUAAUGUGGACAUACUGAUGACCAAUGCAAAGUAUGUUACAGAUAUCUUUAGCAACAUUUGCCAAUAAGGAAACAGGCUGUGUUUCUUUCUCUUUUCUUUCCCCCUUUUUAUUCUUCAAUUUUUUUUUUCUUUGAAGCAACUUGUCACUUACUUGUUUACUAUCGCCAUCCAUAACGUGACCCAAUUCUCUCACAGUUUGACUCCUUAAAGAAGUUAUCGCAUUGAGACAUCUGCCAUAUCUUUUCCACUAGUGCCCGUAUACUGCAUGCCGACUGUCUGCCCUCCUCUUCACUUCUCUUCCACUCUGACAGAUUUGAUUGUUUACGCGAGAGAGAAAAAGCCCAGUACCUUUUUAGUUUUUGAGUGUGGCUGUACUGGCAGGUGAACAUGGCUGAAACCAAAGACGACUGCAUGGAAAGCUGUGAUGAUGGAUAAGAAAAUUGUGUGUGUGUGUGUGUGGCAUACAGUAUACUCCAUAUGUUGUGAAUGGUUUCCGUGACACUGUAUUAUUCUGUCUUAAUGAACAGGCCUAUCAUUUCUUCUUAUCAAUAUUUGUAGCCUAUUUCAGUUCAAAGAAUCUCUAACCAACAUGUAUUCAGUAAAAACUGCAGAUGAACUCUUUUUUUGUGAAUGGAUGACGCUGUUUCAUGAUUUUCUUUUAAUUUUCUUCAAAUGCUGUACUGAAAACAUAUUUAUCUUCCUGUCAUUGUAUUUGUCUGCUGAAAUGGGUGAGACGGACUCUGAGAGUGGUUGCCUGUGAUUUUCAUAAAUAGAUGACUAUAUAUUGCAUUAUAAUUUUGAUGUGAAUUCAUAUUCAACUCCCUAUGGCCUUAGCAACACACACAGUACUAGUAUUUCAACACUUGGUUACAAAUAGCAUCUUUAUAUCAAGACUAGAUAUGCAUGGCAAAGAACCUAUUAGUAAGGGUAUGGGAAUGUACUGAGCACAACAUGGAGAUGAUACAUAUCAGUGCUCACCUAGAAAAUAUGAAGCAUGCUGAACUGUCUAUGUUGUGAACUGGAAACUGGUCUUAUUGUGAUUUUUAAAUUCAAGUUUCCAUCUGCUGUGCGGAGUGCUCCUCACUGUUUGAGCUAAAUGUUCAAAGGAAGCUUUAAUUUCCAAAGUCACAAUGUACAGUCUCUAUCAAUUUACUGUGUAACACUUGAUCGGAUGUUUUUUCUUUUUUUUUUUUAAGUUACUUUACAUUUGAUUUGGUUUGAUUCUGUUAUGAUGUGGAUAAGCUCAACAGCAAUAGAAAGCAGUCAUCACAGGGUAGUGCUGAAGCAAACAAGGGCAGUGUGACUGUGAUUUAUUUCUGCUCUUUAUGAAUUCUGCACAGUCCAGAGUGGCCUUAAAUUCAUUAAUAAACUGAUUAUUGAAAAGAA